GGCCCUCAGGGACUGGUGGCCGGGUGGGCUAACGAAGGAAGAAUGAACUAGGGGGAAGCCUAAGGAAGAAGCGUAAGUGUCAUCAGCUACAGCUUCAGGCGCGGGUCCGGUCCGCAGAUCAAGCCCGGCGAACCCCUUACGGAAGGAAGAAGAUUUCUGAAAGUGUGGGAGGUACAAGGGAGGUGUUAACCCGUUUCUUUGUGUUAAUGGCUAAACUUGGCCAUAAACUAGGCCCUUCACUCCCGCUUUACUCUUUAUUGCAAAGUUCUUUUGCUUAUCCCAGUAUUUGGCAUUAGUUAAUUCAUUGCUGGGCUGGAGAAGUUGAAACGGACGGAUCACUGUAGGGCCUAGUUCCGACUGUCAUAUAGAAUAUAAACCUCUCAAAGGUCUAUAGUAGAGCUAAAGAAGAAGACAAUCAACCAAGGGUCAUCCAUCUGAAACUGUAAUUGGCUCACUAAUAAUCCCAGGACAAAGUUAGAGAUCACAGCUCAAGCCUAAGCCUCCCUUUUCUAAGACCUCUACAGAGAUGUUUGAUAUAAAGUCUUGGGCUGAGUAUGUUGUGGAAUGGGCUGCAAAGGAUCCAUAUGGCUUCCUUACAACAGUUAUUUUGGCCCUUACGCCAUUGUUUCUAGCAAGUGCUGUACUGUCCUGGAAAUUGGCCAAGAUGAUUGAGGCCAGGGAAAAGGAGCAAAAGAAAAAACAAAAACGUCAAGAAAAUAUUGCAAAAGCUAAACGACUGAAAAAGGAUUGAAGAAAUGAACAGGCUCUGGCACCAUACAAAACUUAUUUGGGAAAUUAUGCAGCUUUGGAAGGACCCUCUAAGGUUUCUUUUCUGGAUUUAUGACUACUCUGUAAACAGUCUGAGCAUAAGGAAGAUUCAUGUUAGUUCUGACCCUUACUAUAGCAACUUGGGCUUCAGUAUAGAAGUCUGUUGACAGUUAUGUAAAUUGGCAUUUAUUAUGCUACAGAUUCUUUAUAACUGACUUAGUCACUUGCCAUUUUGCAGUUUAUGUCCUGAAAUGUAAACACCCUGUGCGGGGGGGAAAUGACUCAGAUUAUGAACUCUGUUCACAUAUUGGCUCAAAAUGGAAUCCUAUUCUGGACAAAGGAAACUAAGAAUGUAAAAGUGAGAGUUAUCCUGAGGUGAAAAGUGUACUUUGGCUUAAGAGAGAUCCAAUACAUUAAUUACAUCUUUUAUCAUUAUUGUUUAUUUCUUAGAAUCAUUUCUGGCUUCCUCAAAGCAAAAUAUUAUUAAUCAAUGAGUACUUCGAUUUUCUGCAUUUUUCUCAUUUUAGCCUUUGAGAUACUGGUAAUUAUCAGAUAUUCUGCCUUUUUAAAAUCUAAUUUUAUAAAAAUUAUGCUAGUAUCUUGACUAUAUAGAAUACCACCUACUGGAUAUAACAGUUUUUGUACUUAUGAACACUGCCAUUUACUUAGAGAUGACUUGUUGAAUAGAGUAACACUGAUUUAAAGCUUGCAAUAAAAAUGCCAAACCUUGUAGGACUUUGGAACCAGUUUAUUCUUACUUAUACUAAAUAGAAAUGUAUAGUAGUUAAAAUGUCUUAUCUGAUAAUUUGCUGAUUAUAUAGAUACCACUUUUAUUUUUUUAUUUUUAUAUUUGUUUUAACUCAUGGUAGUGAUGUCCUAGACCAAACAAGUUCAUAGUGAAAAUUAAAAUUCCAAAUUUCUUUUAAAGAACUCUUAAAGAGUGAGUUAAGUGGUAAAGAAAGGCUUAACAUUUGGAAAAAUUUUUUUUGGCUUAGUAGUAAUUGGGUGAAAAAGAGAAAUUAUGUCAAAAUGAGAAUGUGUUGUAAUUAGAAAUAAAAAGCUAAAGGAUAUUUCCUUUAGUUAAGUAUAACUGGAACCUUUCCCUAUGAAAUAUGGCUCUUAUAAAUGCAUGGCCCAAUAAUUUUACUCACUGUUAGUAUUUAAUAGCUUAUUGAUAUUUUCUCAUCUCUGGUAAUGAAUUGUAAAUUACAAAAAUUGUCCAGGACCUUUAAUUUAAAAAU